ACUUCCAUUACUAAAAUUUCCACCAACUUUGCUUCAUCACUUGCUUGAUUAUGAUGGAGAUAGUGCAGCAAAAAAAUUUCGUCGUAACAUUAGAAUUUAUAAUGCGGCUUUUGCUUUUACAUCUAUGGGUGGAAAAAUUGACUAUGAAAUCAACAAACAGGGCGGCCCUUAUGUCUUUCGAAUAAAUGGACAGACCUACCACCUACUUGGUUCUUUAUGCCCUGAUAAUGGAGAAAAGCCAAAAUUUGCACAACUUUAUAUACAUGACACCGAAAAUGAGAUCUCAAAUAGAUUAGGUUUUAUCCAAGGUGAUAACCAAAAUAAUCUUCUUCAAGAGAAACUGGUAACAAACAUUUUGCAUAUGUUGGACAAUCACAAUGUCUUGGUAAAAUCAUUUAGGAUGGUCAGAGAUAAAUAUGAUCACCAUGAUGUCGGAGAAUUGAAACUAAGAUUGCUCAGCAAUAGGUUGACUGAUGGGAGACAAAAUAACCUGCCAUGUUGCUCAGAAGUUGCUGCGCUUUUAGUUGAUGAAAGCUCAAAUGAAGAAAGUCAUCGGGUUAUAAUUGUUGAACACAAAACAAUUGGUCUUCAGAGAAUUAAAGAAUUGCACCCAAGUUUCAUGGCACUACAAUACCCAUUAUUAUUUCCAUAUGGAGAAGAUGGUUAUAGGAUUGGUAUAAGUCAUCGAAAUCCAGAAACAGGGAGUUGUUACAAGCGAAAAACAGUUACUAUGAGACAAUAUUAUUCUUUUCGCUUGCAACAACGAGCUGGAGAGGCACAAACAUUGUUACGGAGUGGGCGUUUGUUCCAACAGUACAUGGUGGAUGCUUAUGCUUCGAUCGAAGAAGUUAGAAUCAAUUGGAUUAGAAAGAAUCAAAAGCAAUUGCGUGCAGAACUAUAUAAUGGAUUGAGAGAUGCUAUUAAUCAAGGAGAUGUCAUGACAAAUUCAGUUGGUAGAAUGACAAUUCUUCCAUCGUCUUAUACUGGUGGACCACGAUAUCGUGUUCAAAAUUACCAGGAUGCAAUGGCUAUAUGUCGAUAUGCUGGAUAUCCCGACCUAUUUUUAACAUUCACAUGCAACCCAAAAUGGCCAGAAAUACAAUUUUUCCUUGAAACUGUUGAAGGACAAAAAAGUGACGAUAGACCCGACAUCAUUAGUCGUGUUUUCUCUAUUAAGUUAUGGGAGCUAAUCAAUGAUAUUAAAUGUCAACAAAUAUUUGGUAAAGUCACAUCAGUUGUGUACACUGUUGAAUUUCAAAAAAGAGGUUUGCCCCAUGCACACACAUUAGUGUUCUUACAUUUCGAAGAUAAAAUACAAACACCAUCUAAGAUUGAUAAUACCAUAUCCGCAGAAAUUCCGGAUAAAGAUAUUGACCCUCUUACUUUUAGUGCAGUUGAACGAUUUAUGAUACAUGGACCAUGUGGUAUUUUAAAUGAAAAAUCUCCAUGUAUGGUUAAUGGAAAAUGUGGGAAGCACUAUCCAAAGAGAUUUCAUUAUAAAACAUCAAUAGAUGAAGAUGGGUUCCCUAUAUAUAUGUGAUGAAAUGGUGGUCGAUAUAUCUUGAAGAAUGGUAGCCAACUUGAUAGUCGGUAUGUGGUCCCAUACAAUAGACAUCUUUUGAUAAAAUAUGAUGCCCAUAUUAAUGUUGAGCUUUGCAAUCGUUCUAGAUCAAUUAAAUAUCUUUUCAAAUAUAUCAACAAAGGUCCUGAUCGAGUUAGAGCAGUCAUCUCUAAUGUAGAAAACUUUGAUAACAGUUCAACAAGUUCAAUGCACUUUCGUGAUGAAAUUAAAGAGUAUCUUGAUUGUAGAUAUAUUUCUCCAUAAGAGGCUUCGUGGAGAAUUUUCAAGUUUAAUAUGUUUUUUAGAGAACCAGCAGUGGAACACCUUUCCUUUCACCUCCAUGGGCAACAAACAAUAUAUUUUCCAGAAUCUAUGCGUAUUUCUACCAUUUUAAAUAGAGAAGGAAUUGAAACCACGAUGUUCACAGAGUGGAUGAAAAUGAACUCUGUAGACAUGGAAGCUCGACAACUAACAUAUGCAGAAUUUCCUACUAAAUAUGUUUGGAACAAGACUAGCAAAAAGUGGACCAGACGGAAAAAUGGAAGGUGUGUUGGAAGAAUAUAUUAUGUUCCUCCCACAAGUGGAGAAAAUUUUUAUUUACGAAUGCUCUUAAACAAAGUACAAGGCAGUCGAUCAUUCGAAGAUAUUAAAAUUGUUAAUGGGUUUGUACAUCUAACUUAUAAGGACGCGUGUUAUGCCCUUGGUUUACUAGACGAUGAUAAAGAAUUUGAUGAUUGUAUUAAAGAAGCAGCGGCAUGGGGUACUGGAAUUCAACUACGCCAGCUCUUCUCAACAAUUUUACUGAAUUGUACUGUUAUUAAUCCAGGUUUGCUUUGGGAAUCUAAUUCGAAGUUACUUUCUGAAGAUAUUUUAUACAGGCAACACCGACUACUAAACUUCCCCGACCUCCAUUUGUCAGAUGACCAAUUAAAAAACUAUGCACUUUCAGAGAUACAAAAACAUCUUAGAAAGGUCGACAAGUCUUUGGAAUAUUACAAAGGAAUGGCCAUUCCCAAUAGCAAUGUAAUUGAGGAACUGAACAACCGACUUAUUACGGAGGAGCUAAAUUAUGAUAUGUUAAAAAUGCAUGAAGAAUACUCUCAGUUGCUACACGGUCUUAAUUUAGAUCAAAAGGCAAUUCAUGAUUUUGUGCUUCAAUCAAUUACUUUGAACUUUGGAAAGUUAUUCUUUGUGUAUGGUUCUGGUGGAAUGGGAAAAACAUACCUUUGGCGAACACUACUUGCAAAAUUAAGAUCGGAAGGUAAGAUUGCUCUAGCUGUUGCAACUUCUGGCAUUGCUGCUCUAUUACUACCGGGUGGCCGAACUGCACAUUCUAGAUUUCAAUUACCUUUGAAUCCAAAUGAGGCUUCAACAUGUUCAAUCAAUAAAGGCACACAUCUUGCUGAAUUAAUUAUGCAAACAUCUUUAAUUAUUUGGGAUGAGGCACCCAUGGCCAACAAAUAUUGCUUUGAGGCAGUAGAUCGAUCACUUCGUGAUAUUAUGAAAGGAAUCAAAGAAGACUACGGUUUGAAACCAUUUGGUGGAAUAACUACUGUAUUGGGUGGUGACUUUCGUCAGAUUUUACCUGUAGUUCGAAAAGGUGAUAGGCAUGAUAUGAUCCAAGCUUGCAUAAAAAAUUCAUAUCUUUGGAAUUCAUGUGAGGUUCAUUUGCUACGUCAAAAUAUGUGUCUACAAUCAAAUGAGUUGGACUCAAUCUCAAAAGAUGCAAUGAAAAACUUCGCAGAUUGGAUACUUGACGUAGGUGAUGGAAAACAAUGAUCAGAUAUCGGAGAAUCAUGUAUAUCAAUACAACAAAACUUGAUGCUCCCAAAAUCACAUGAUGAUUUUCAAUCUAUAUUUGAUGCUAUUUAUCCAAAUUUAAAUAACCACAUUGGGGACACAGAUUACCUUGUGUCGCGGGCUAUCUUGACACCUACAAAUGAAAUAGUUGACGAUAUAAAUCAACGCAUUUUGAAUAAGUUCACAGGCGAAGAAAUGAUAUAUUUAUCAUCAGACUCAAUUUGUAAGGCAGAUUUCAAUAUUCAAGAUCAAGAUCUUCUUUACCCUACUGAGUUUUUGAAUACACUCAAAUUUUCGAGUUUGCCAUCACAUAUUUUAAGGCUUACAAAAGGAGCAGUAGUUAUGUUAAUGAGAAAUUUGAAUCAAGGAGUUGGGCUAUGUAAUGGUACAAGAAUGAAAAUUACACAACUUGGAAAAUGGUUUGUGGAAGGAGAGGUGUUGAGUGGAUCUACCAUUAGAGAUAAAGUUCUCAUUCCAAGAAUAUCUUUGUCGCCUUCAGAAUCCAAUUGGCCUUUUAUUCUUAAUCGAAGACAGUAUCCUAUAUCAUUAUGUUUUGCCAUGACAAUAAAUAAAAGUCAAGGACAAUCGUUGUAGCACGUUGGAUUAUAUUUGCCUAAACAAGUAUUUACUCAUGGACAAUUGUAUGUCGCCAUCUCGAGAGUAACCAAAUGAAAUGGAUUACAUAUUCUUAGUAACGACGAUGAGAAGCCCAAUGAAAACAAGGUCUUAAAUAUUGUGUACAAAGAGAUUCUUUAGUUGUUUGUUUACAUGAUUGUGCAGAAUUCUAAGACAAAAUGGGAAUGUUAUGUACACUGCAAAAAAUAGACUGCCCUUAAACGUCAACAUGGUGGAAUGCUUGCAGCCUACUUCAUUCUUGGGAUGGGGUGUCGUUUUCGACUACUUGUGAAAAUCUUCUCCCUGGACCUUGGAUAAUUGAUGACCUUGAUACUUUAAAAUUAAAAUGGAGCAACAACUCCUGGAAGAAGGUUAUCAUAUUUGUUGAUAACUCUAGUGGAGAUAUUAUUUUGGGUAUUUUGCCGGUCUGGAAGUUGGAAUCUCAUUGCCAUAACAAAGUUAUUUGAUAAAAUCCUUAUAGCACUCAGCUUCACAAAAACUAUUAUUCUCAUUUCAAACUAAAUACUAGGAUCUGAUUGUUUAGCCGAUGCCUUGCAAUCAGAUGAUUUUGAUGAUUUCUCACUAACUAGUGGCAACUUUGCCACAGUAUCCUGUAACUAUGCACCCUUAAAUGAAAAUUUGUAAAAUGACAGGAGUAGAGCAAACUAAAAAUAUAGCUUUGUAUACAUGUUUAACAAAUAUAGUCUGUUGGUAAUACAUUCUUUCUUUCCACCAAUAAAUUUUUGUAUCACUUUCUUUUU